AUGUCGGAUCAGCGGUUCAGAGCAGCUAUCCUCAUCGUCUCGGACACUGCUGCCCGUGACCCUUCCACUGAUGCUGUAGGCGGCAUCCUGACGGACGUCUUCAGCCAGCACGACAGAUGGGAGAAGCCGACCAUCGCCAUCGUUCCUGAUAGCAUACUUGAGAUUCAACGGCAUAUCUCUCGCUGGUCUGAUGGCAACGAUCACUUCAAUCUCAUCAUCACCUCUGGUGGGACGGGCUUUGCGGUCAGGGACAAUACGCCCGAGGUGGGUUGCUCUCCAGACUUCUAUAGAACAAGUAAUAUGAAGAAGAUAGAUGCAGUCUGA